GGUCUCACUGUAACCAAGCCACUUCCAUUGUGUGUCUUUGCUUGUGUCCUCCAACUUGCGCCAGGUUAUAACUCGACGUCUUUACUGUGUCGUUUUGCUUCCAAUGCUGGGCUCAUAAACCUAAUUCUUAAUACCCUCGGCCAACUCUGGCUCCAGAGGCUUUGUUCGAUUCGACUUCACUGUUCUUUCUCAGCCUCGUCAAUUUCUGUUUUCACUGAAUAGACGCGUUUGAGACAGGUUGUGACGAGCUGCUCCAAUCAGCACCGAAUCGACCUUGGUCUGUCUUGUCUCAGUGCAAGCCAACUCACGGUUAUAUCAACCACUUCCGCUUCCGAGUACAACAAGCGGCCACCAGAAUUUCACUAUUCUGAUAUCAACGCAACUUCAAAAUGCGUCCAGGAGCGCUAUUAGCACAGCUGGCUUUCGCCUCGUCUGCCAAUGCAUUCUUUCCUUAUACCCCGGAUUGGCGAGUUGAUGUUGGACAAGAGAGUGUGGGGCGAAGGUCCAAGACCGUUGGAAACGGUGGUGGUGUUCGCAUGGGUAUUAAGCAGAGAGCUCCCAAGUCCAGUCAACCGUUAUCAGAGAGAGCAGCCCAUGAAGCAGCACGAUUAAUCGCAAAGUACACAGGAGGAACUGUCCCAGCCACCAGUGUGCUGGCCAAGCGCGAAAAUGAGUACAAUGUCAUGGAGGCAGCGAAAUCGACAACGAAACACACUCAGGGUGUGAACCAAGACGGCACUGAUUAUUCGUACUUUAUCGAAGUGGGAGUUGGAUCAGAAAAGAAGCCCAUGUAUAUGCUUAUCGACACAGGCGCUGGCUCAAGUUGGGUUAUGGGCACUUCCUGUACCAGCAAAGCCUGUACGAUGCACAACACAUUCGGCGCCGACGACUCAGACACACUCAAGGAGACAGGCAAAUCCUUCAGCAUUGCAUACGGCUCAGGAAAGGUUUCUGGCAACUGGGCAACUGACACACUUACCGUGGCCGGUAUGGACAUCAACUACCAGUUUGGACUGACGCAUACGACAUCGGACCAGUUUCUCUCUUUCGCCUUUGACGGUAUUCUUGGUCUUGCGAUAAACAAGGGAUCCAGCGGAAACUUCCUCAACGCCCUGGCUGAGUCGAAGGAAGUCGACAAGAACAUGUUCUGCGUCGCUCUAAACCGUGCGGCUGACGGUACCAACGAGGGCGAGAUCAGCUUUGGCUCGCCGAACCCCGAUAAGUACACUGGCGAAAUUUCCUACACAUCUCUCGGCAAAGAGAACGACUGGGCUAUCGAGAUGGACGAUAUGGGAUACAACGGCGAGCAGGCAGGUGUCGGAGGCCUGCGCAGCUUCAUCGACACUGGAACCUCUUUCAUGUUCGGCUCGCCAGCCAAUGUCAAGAAGGUCCACGCUCUUAUCGACGGAGCUGAGAGUAAGGAUGGCACCACGUAUCAUGUCCCCUGUGAUAGCAAGGGCAACAUGACCAUCAAGUUUUCUGGCGUCGACCAUGUUAUUUCGCCAAAGGAUUGGGUUUCUCCUCCAGACAAGGAUGGAAAGUGUACCAGCAACCUGUACGGUUUCGAAGUCGUCAAGGGCGCGUGGCUUCUGGGUGAUACCUUUAUCAAGAACGUCUACGCUGUUUUUGAUGCGGACGAACGACGAAUUGGUUUUGCUACGAACGCUAUCACGAGCGGCUCUGAUUCUGACGACUCUGAAGAAGAAACCACCUCCGCGACAGUGACAAAGACCUCCAACAAGCCAACCCAGACGUCUGACGACAGCGAAGAAACUGGAAUCACCACUAACUCAAAAUCAACCGCAACCGCAGUACCAGAUAUGGGUCUCGGUAAGGAAUCAGUCUCAUCUGGCACUGCCACCGCCGAAACAAGCCAGGCGAGCGAGACCCAAGACUCGUCAGCACCCUCAGGGCUAUUAUCGCAAGCCCGUUUCACAUUCAUUUUCUGUAUAGUACCAUUUUUCGCCCUCCUGACUUAGACGGAGUCGGGCAAGCGGUUAUACGUUCUUUUUAAUACCCUGGAUACAAUCGUUAUUUUACAAUCGUUAGACGCGCGGAAAGACGUGCAUAUAUAUAUAUAUACAACCCGAGAGCUUCAUAGAGCAUAGAAAAAUCAUGCGAGGAACAUAGGGACAGACAGACAAAGCUCAUCAAGCAUGAAUGAGAAGAUUGGGAAGGAAAGUUACAAUUGUACACCCGAUUGAAGUGAGGGAGAACUUGUUGAGUUUCACAUAGGUGGUUCAAGCCACGCUACACAUAUUUCCAACCAGAGAUAGACCAUCACAUUCAAUAGAAAUGUUGG